AUGGUUGGUGGCUUUAAGGACUGCGUGUCGGACCAUGUGGCCAACCGGGUGCAGGCCUGUGUCCUCACAGCCCCACGUCCGCAGCAGCCCAUCCUCGAUGCCUCGCUGCGGACGCAGCUGCUCGCUCCACGAAAGGGUCAUGGCCAGGUGAGGACGCGUCAUCUCAGCAAGAUCCGACUGCCGCCCAAGGGCGAGCUGCGCGAGCGCGUCGUGCUCCGCAGUCUUCUGCCGGACCGGCUGAAGAUGGAAUGCCUGGAGCGCCUCGACAAGAUGGAGAAGGACCAGGCCGAGCGGUUGGCCGAAGCGGCGCGCGAAGGCACCGAGACGGCCAGCGAGAAGAGGCGGAGGAGAAGUUCCCAGGGUCCGGUGAUACCCGGAGGGUUUUACAAGCAUCAGCAGGUUGUCGCCAGACACGACCUUUACCUCGAAGGGGACCACAUCAUGGCGCUCUACAUGGACAAGGCGGUCGUGCUGGGGCCCUCCAAGAGCACCGAUCCCAACCGCGUCUGCGUGCAGUUUGAGGCGCGGCGUGAUGGCAGCAGCAUGUGGGUCAAUGUGUUGCCCGACGAGAUCAUGUCCGAAGAGAAUGGGCAGCUCAUGCAGUCGAUCAUCCUGAAAGCGGAAGAACGGAAGCAGCAGCGCCUUCGGAAUCUGACCACCCCGCCUGCGCCCGGGCAAGCCGACGAGGACGAGUUUCCCAUGCUGCUGCCGCCCGAAACAGAGCUUGGCGUGGAAGGCACCGAGGCCAAGCCAGCGAAGGGGUCCUGGACCUCCACAGCGCCACGCUCGCGAGGCUCCGGCGCCUGGCUGCCUGCGCCGCGCCCCGCCCCUGCCGGGGCAGCGCAGGAGACGGCCACGAAGCUAACGCGUGACUCGCGGAGCUUGCCUGCGCUGCUGGGCGUGGCCAGAGUGAGCCCACGGCCGGUGAGCCGCUAG